UGUCAGUUUUAGCUGCGCGACUAUAUUCACCGAUCGCUGCGAUAAAAGAGAAAGUUGUGCAGGGAAGACGCGCGUUUGCUGGCCUGAGCAAUUAAAGCUUCGAUCGUUUUCUUUCGCUCGGCGACGUUUCUUACUGCUGCUUGUUUUUGCUCGUUCCAACCAGCGAUGAUCAUACGCAGAAUCCAUAUGGCUGCAAGAGGAUUGUGGGCUUUUCUCGCGAUCACCAGUUUGGCUUUUAACCGUCCCGGUGUUGAGGCCGAUCCACUCAGGUUUUGCGCGACGUCAAGGAGACUGUCGAGAACGAACGAGGCUCUGAGGCGAACCUGCAGCGAGCUCAAGAGCAACUCGGCCGACAUCAACUGCGUGAUCGCGGACGAUCGGCUGUCCUGCCUGAGGCUGCUGGCUAACGGCCUGGCCGACUUCACCGUGCUCGAGCCGGAAGACUUGACGAUCCUCGGCAACGGCGUGCUCGACCACGACGACCUGCUCGUCACCCACGAGCUCAAGCUCUUCGCCGACAACCAGCCGCAGUACGACACCGAGAUGGUGGCCGUCGUGAAGAACCGCUUCAACAACGACUGGGUGACCAAGGACAAGAGGCUGUGCUACAUCGGCUUCGAGGUAGGCUACCAGCCCAACUACCACUACCACUACACGUCGUACUUCGAGCGCUGGCUCAUCAACAAGGACUGCGACCCGAGGCUGACCAGCCUGGAGAACCGCAUCACCGACCUGUCGAGCCACUUCGGCUCGGCCUGCAUCGCCGGGCCCUGGUCGCUCGACGCCGCCUACGACGGAGAGCUGAAGAGCAAGUACAAGAACCUGUGCGCGCUGUGCGGUAACCCGAGCGGCUGCUUCGCGGGCGACCGCUUCUACGGGAUGCAGGGGGCGCUGCAGUGCCUGCUGGAGGGCCUCGGCGACGUGGCCUGGCUGAGCAGAGCCGCGCUCGCGCCGCACUCCAAGGAGCUGGCGGACGACGGCUUCAGCCUGCUCUGCCCGGACGGCAUGUUCCUGCCGCUGUCGACCAACAAGAGCUGCGCCUGGAUCGCCGAGCCGCGCGCCAGCCUGGUCGCGAGGAGCGAGGCGGCCGAGCGCGUGCGACAGCGAACCAGCGGCAAGAGCUUCUACCCGGUGAUCCACGCCUCCUACGAGUUCUCGCACCUGGCGAGCCUGGCGGCCCCCGUCGCGCCCGAGGACUACGCGCAGCGCUUCCAGGGCUACCUGAGCUCCCGGCUGUCGAUGCCCUGCCGGCCCGAGCGCGACGUGCGCUGGUGCCUGGCCUCGGGCGCCGAGGCGAGCAAGUGCGGCUGGAUGCAGGCGGCCGCGGCGGCCGUGGGCGUCGAGCCGGCCGUCUCGUGCGUGCAGCAGCGGGACCGCGUCGCCGCGCUGGAGGCCGUGCGCGACGGGCGCUGCGACGUGUACGUGGCCAGGCCCGAGGAGGAGGCGCUCGCCCGAGGGAUGCGGCUGAGGCCCGUGGCGCACAUCGUCGGCAGCCGGGACCUCGAGGCGAGCCGCGUCGCCGCGAUCGUGAGGAAGGACGCCCGCUUCCGGAGCCUCGCCGAGCUGAGGGGCGCGAGCGCCUGCUUCCCCGGCUACCGCAGCGUCGGCUGGAACGCCUUCUUCGCGCUGCUGCGCAACAGCUCGGCCGCCCACGACUGCUCGGACGCGCGGGCCAUCUCCCAGUUCUUCAACCGCAGCUGCGUGCUCGGACUGAGCGCGGCCAACUCGAGCCUGCCGGCGAACCUGUACUCGCUGUGCGAGCAGGCGCGCCUCGAUGAGAAGCUCGGCCCCGACGAGAACGCCUUCAAGUGCCUGAUGAGCGGCGCCGACGUGGCCUUCGUCAACGUCCACGCCGCCAAGAAGUACUACUCGGCCUUCUCCAUAUUCCGCAUGAACUACAAGCUGCUCUGCCAGGACGAGCUGCGUUCGGCCGAGCAGUGCUUCCUCGCCGAGACGACUCUGGGAUCGGUGUUGGUAAGUAGCAACGUAACCAGGACGAGGGAACAGGAGAUCUUCUUGAUGCUGCUGUCGCUCGACCGGUUCUUCGGCAAGACGCUCGACAGGGAGACGGCCAUGUUCACUCUCUACGGCCCGUACGAGGGACAGUCCGACGUCAUCUUCCCCGACAGGACGAGGCACCUGCAGAGGCACGCGACCGACGUGCGGAACGGCCGGACCUACGAAGAGAUCCUGCAGAGCCUCCAAGACCACGUCGAGUGCGGCGCCGGCUCGGGGGGCUCGGCGCGCUCGGCGGCCGCGGACGGUGCUGCGAUCGUGGCGCUUGCGUCUGCGCUCUGGGGGCUGCUUCGGCUGCUCUUGUGAAUUUUCUCACGCUCUCAAUAAAACACCAAU